AGUACACUCCUGUUCUCAGCCAUAAACUGCUCUCACUGUUGUAGCGAUGAGGCCCCAGGAGGAGCCGCUUCUCUCAGCCCACAACUCCGAUGAAGAGUCGGCCAAGGUAGAAGAGGACGAUGGAGCUUCGCCGCCGUUCUCGUGGCGGAAGCUAUGGCGCUUUACCGGCCCAGGAUUUCUCAUGUCCAUUGCAUUCCUCGAUCCCGGAAGCCUCGAGGGCGACCUCCAAGCCGGAGCCAUCGCCGGCUAUAGUCUCCUCUGGCUUCUUUUCUGGGCGACGGUGAUGGGGCUUCUCAUACAACUACUCUCCGCGAGGCUCGGCGUGGCGACCGGGCGACACCUCGCCGAGCUCUGCCGUGAAGAGUAUCCCCGGUGGGCGGGGAUUGUGCUGUGGAUCAUGGCCGAGGUGGCGCUUAUCAGCUCAGACAUACAGGAGGUUGUGGGAAGUGCCAUCGCAAUCAGAAUACUUAGCGGCAGCGUUAUUCCCCUGUGGGGCGGUGUCGUCAUCACUGCCCUCGAUUGCUUCGUUUUCCUCUUCCUUGAGAGUUUUGGUGUGAGGAAACUGGAAGCUUUUUUUGCGGUUCUAAUUGCAACCAUGGCUAUUUCCUUUGCUAUAAUGUUUGGUGAAACCAAGCCCAGUAGGAAGGAUCUCCUUAUUGGCAUGAUUGUUCCAAAGCUAAGUCCUGGUACCAUAACACAAGCUGUGGGGUUAGUAGGUUCUAUCAUAACCCCCCACAAUGUUUUCCUGCAUUCUGCUCUGGUUCAGUCUAGAAAGAUCAAUACUAAACAUACAGGCUGUGUCAGUGAAGCAAUAGGAUAUUACUACAUAGAAUCAGCUGCAGCUCUUGCUAUUUCCUUCGUUAUCAAUUUUUUUGCAACCACAGUUUUUGCGAAAUCAUUCUACGGAACUAAAUUUGCUCAAGAUAUGGGUCUUGAGAAUGCAGGGCAAGUUCUACAAGAGAAAUAUGGGGCUACUUUGUUUCCCAUACUUUAUAUUUGGGGCCUUGGCUUGUUAGCUUCUGGACAGAGUAGCACUAUUACGAGCACCUACGCCGGACAAUUUAUCAUGGGAGGAUUUUGUAAUAUUCACGUGAAGAAAUGGGUUCGUGCACUUAUUACUCGAAGCUGCGCACUCGUGCCAGCAAUGAUAGUUAUGUUUUGCUCUUCUGAUACCGCAAUGGAUGGUUUGAAUGAGUCACUUAAUAGUCUUCAGUCAAUCCAGGUUCCAUUUGCGCUUAUUCCCCUUAUCAAAUUGGUGUCGAAGGAACAAGUUAUGGGUUUGUUUAGAAUUGGCUUCAUUCUCAAAACUGUUGCCUGGAUUGUUGCUGCGUUAUUGAUAGCCAUUAAUGGCUACCUUUUGGCUGAUUAUUGCUCUAGUGAAAUGCAAGGACUUCUUCUCAGCUCCAUUAUUUGUGCAUUCUUAGCGCUGUAUUUGGCUUUUGUUUUAUAUCUCCUCGUGCGUGAUGGUUCUCUAUCAGUUUUCCGAAAUAAAUCAACAAAUCGUAACCGCUGAAAGCUGCAUCCAACCAUUGAGAUUGUGAUUUCAUUUACGUGUAUUGUUAGCCAAAGAAGCCUAAUAAUAAUAUUCUCUCAAGCAUAUAUUAUCAAGGCCUUGUCCAAGCAGCAGCUUUUAAUUUCUCUAAUUGGCCCUGUAUCUGGUUGAUGAAAUUCAGACAAGAGACGGUUAUUUGAAGAGAACAAAGAACUUAACAGCAAUGUUGAGGUAUUUCUUAUGCUUCACAUACACGCACACACACGUGCUCGUGCGCUUGUGUGCGCACAUACGCAGACAUGGAUGGAUGAUUACAUGCAUGCAUAUAUGUAUCAGGUUUGCACCACAUUCAAGCUUAAGCAAUUUAAAAUUUUAAAGUGCAAUUGUAGUUUUAUGCUUAAUGAUUUUUAUGGAUUUGCACCACAUACAAGUUUAGGCAAUUUACAUGCACAAUUGCAUUUUUAUGUCUAAUGAUUUUUUAUUUUUGUGGUUCGAUUAAAAAGUUGCAUGCAAUUUUUGCAGAUUAUACUCAUCUUCUCUUGAUGUAGGGAUGAGGUUAAUGAAGGAGGAGAAUAAUAAUCAGCUUGCUUUGAUGAAGGAGCUUAUGCUUGGAUUAUUUAUUUAUUUAUUUAUUUUGAUAUAAUGGGAAUUUGAAAUUAGUGUAGUGAAAUUAUAUCUGAGUCAUACAAAUGUGGCAAAAUUUGUAAUUACUGAA